GUGUCAGUGUGUCAGAACAGGAAGUUGGAGGGUCUAGUAGAUCUGCUGUAGUUUACAGAGAAUCACUCAUCAUCAACCCAGGAUGGAACUGAAACCAGUCUAUUGGAUUCUCUUGCUUUUCAUCUCCAGAGUGGCUGCAGGUCAGUCUCCAGGUUCUCUGAUUGUCAGACCCAACAGAUCUCAGUUCUUUGAAUAUGAGUCUGUCUCUCUGAGCUGUGAGGUUCAGGGUGGUUCUACUGGAAGGAGAGUGGAGAGGAACCCAACAAGUGGAAAGCUUACAGAGUGUGGUGAUGGAUGGGGAAGGUUUGAUGGAACCAACUGCAUCAUCUCCUCAACCAAAUCAACAGACAGUGGAGUUUACUGGUGUGGCUCUGGAAAACACAAAAACACUGUCAACAUCACCGUAACUGAUGGUCAUGUGAUCCUGGAGAGCCCCGCCCUUCCUGUGACUGAGGGAUUUAAUGUGACCCUGAAGUGCAGAAAUAAGACAAAUCCCUCUGACCUCACAGCUGAUUUCUACAAAAAUGGAACUUUCAUCAGGACUGAGACUACAGGAGAGAUGACCAUCCCUGCAGUAUCACAGUCAGAUGAAGGACUUUACAGCUGUAGACACUCAGAACUAGGAAGAUCACCAGAGAGCUGGAUGACUGUGACAGCCGCCACCUCCUCCAACCCCACCUCCUCCACCUCCUCUCCGCCCCCCUCUUCAUCUUCGUCCUUGCUCAUCCUUCUCUCUGUGUCUGGAUUGGCUGGUGUCUCAGUCUUUCUGAUCAUUCUAUUGGUCCUGUUCUGCUACCGCAAGAAGAAAAAAGGGGAGAUGAAAUCUGACCCCAGAGAGGUGACCUACACUAACGUUAGAAUCAAACAGGAACAAAAACACGGAAAGCGAGAAAAGUGCCCAGGAACUGGUCCAGUCUACUCUGAAGUGGCCUUUAACACCAAAGGUGGCGCCUCAGCUGGUCCCAGGGACGUGACCUACGGACAGCUUGAAAUCAGGACCAAGAAGAAGAAGAAAGAGAAGCCCCUCCCACUGGAACCUGAUGAUGUCUACACCUCCGUGAGACCAGCUGCAGGUCCAUCUAAGAAAGGGAGAGUCUGACUGAACGAUGGGGAGAGAAGAGGACCUCUGAUACAUUCACACCUCUAGCCCCCCCCCC